UUUACAGAUGCUUCAUUUCGUGUGACGGAUGAUAGUAAUUGUCAGACACAUUUCCACCGUGUUAUGCCAGUCCUCGAUAUCACAAGCCCUUCUAUCAAUUAUACAUUAUGUCUCAUUGGGAGUUACAUUAAAAACUGUAAUAUUAUCAAGAAAGAUUCUCUGUACUUUUACGAGGGAAAGUGGUAUCCAAUAUGGCCGACAAAUAGGAAACAGGAUGCUUUUAUCAUUACUGAAGAUGAUAGCAUCAUCUUUUUAAAGUGGACGUCACUCGGCCAACAAUUUACAGGCCUCAUAUUUGCUCUCAAGAUAUCUUGUCAGCUAAAAGGUCAAUCGAAUGACGACAAGAACACUAUUGGGUCAUACUUAAUAUUCAAAUCCGCUGGGUCACACUACUUCAAUGGUAACAAACCAACCCUUACGCCAAUAUCGUCUGCACCCAAAGAGUCAUCAUCGCCCACACCACAGUCAUCUACAACCGCCUCUCCUUCGCAGUCUGAUAAAGGGAAGAACUCAAGCAAGUCAGAAGACAAGGGCUUGAUAGCCGGCCUCACUAUCUGCGCCAUCUUGGUUCUAAUAGUCAUCAUUGCUUUGGUAGUUUUCUAUCUCAGAAGAAAGAGGAAUGACGAAAAACCUUCUAAAGGAGCAGAAUGCGAAGCCAACCCAACAUAUGAUCUUGGCCAAGACAGAAGUCUUCCUGUGACAGUCAAUGGRCAGACACCCACCUAUGACUACCCAGAUACUUCUAGUAGGUACCAGCCCAUCGUCCAGAACACAAGAAUGCGUGACGCAUCUGGUAAAGUUCCAGUAUACACACCGCUGAACAGAGAGACUAAGAACAGUAAUUCACCUGUUUUACAGAUGAAAACACAUGACAAGCGUGGACUGGCUUAUGAGACUGUCGCCAUUCCUAUACAGCAACCGGCGAAAGAUGAGUCUGGCUUGGCCGAAUCACCUGACUAUGAGGACCCAACUAAUCCCACAAUUCCAAAUGAAGGUGGCCUUUAUGCGAUCAGUGCAGCUCAAGACGGUAACACUAUAGACUUCGAAAACACGGCAUACAAAGAUCCUGAGUCAAUCAUAAAAAUUGGCUAAAAAAGCCCAUUGAUAUAAAGAUAGAUUGUUUUUAACAUUUGGGAUUCCUGUGUCAGAGAUUUUUUUUWAAAUUACGAGCUGUCACUACUAGCCAGCGGUUUGUCCUCUGGAAUCUAAAAUAUUUWAUGUCCGAAUGAACGACUUAGAUCAAAAUCAAGUUCGUAUGAUCGGGAAUAGUUUGUUAAAAAAUUUAAUAUGUUUGGUGAUAAAUCUUAAAUAUUCACUCAAAAGAAUUACGAAAUGGAGCUUUGUAGUUUUCGAAUUUGAUAGGUUUGUAGAUAUUAUAUGAAGAUUAUAGAAUACAUUAUUAAAACAGGGUUCUUACAGCGCAUGCUCCUCAAAUUCCUGGAAAAGCUCUAGCAUUACUUAAAAUGAUUGCUAAGCUUUCUGACUAAGCCACUUGCCCUGAUGAUGGACGCUUAGUCCGAAAGCUUGGCUUCAAUAAAGAUUAUAAAAUCACGUGGGUGAUACAAAGAAUCUUAUCUUAAUUAUCGUAUGAAUAUAAAAUGUGCAUUAAAAAUAAUUAAAAUU